CCCUCCUCCCAUCCUCUCCUCUGCUCUCUCCGGUCGUGUUUACUAUCUAGGUGAGGUCGCCGUAUAAAUUCCUGAGUGUGCGCAGAUUGCAUCCUCAAAGGAGAAUGGAGAAGAAGAAGAAGGAGGAGGAGGAGGAGGAGGAGGAGGAGGUGUAGGGAGACAAGCGAACCGAAGGGAGCGCGGCCACAGAGUGCGCACUGUUCACGGAGAGAAGCGCAGGCGAAGACGCGCAGACUUCCACACGGUGCGGAGACAGCGCACUGGAUGCGGAGAGAAGGAGGAGGAGGAGGAGGAGGAGGAGGAGGAUGCUGAUUUCACCGACGAACCCCGGAAAGAAGAACUGUUAUUAGAAUCCACCCGUGAACCGAAGUGGAAUAAAGCGUUUCGCAUCCACCAGCGAUGGACGUGUGCUGUCGGCACUGAGGCUCCCAGAUCUCUUGAAGUUCAGAUGACCACAGUCCCUCAUGGCGCUCAUUCAUGAAUCUCGUGCCCCCUCUCCUUCCCUCUCUGGCUUCAACUCACCCCUCUCUGAUCCUCCAUCCUUCCGGCGGCUCGAUGCAGAGACACCGUGCACCCCAGAAAUGGACCUGACCCCGACUCAGUGCGUACUCCGCAACGUCCUCUCCAUAGACACCGGGGGCGAUGUGGAGCCGGGGGGCGGUGGUGGAGGAGAGGGUCAGACUGCUGGGCACAACCAGACACCAGGCGAGGAACAACAGGAGCACUUUGCCAACAGUGUCCUCAAGCUCCACGAGAAUGAUGGGAGUGCCGGGAGGACGGAGGGAGAGGGGCAGGAGCCGGACGGCAGCGUCUUCAGGUGCCAGGCGGGUGAUGCCAGGCUACAGUGCCAGUCCAACGGAGGAGGCGGAGGGUUUCUGGAGGGGCUGUUUGGGUGCCUGCGUCCCGUCUGGACCAUGAUUGGCAAAGCCUACUCCACAGAGCACAAACAUGCCCUGGACGAGGCGUGGGAGGUCCCGUUCGAGGAGAUAUCGGACCUGCAGUGGGUUGGCAGCGGAGCUCAGGGCGCCGUCUUCCUGGGCAAACUGCACGGACAGGAAGUGGCCGUGAAGAAAGUGAGGAACAUCAAGGAGACGGACAUCAAGAACCUGCGCAAGCUCAAACACCCCAACAUCAUCACCUUCAAAGGUAUUUGUACCCAGGCUCCAUGUUACUGCAUCCUCAUGGAGUACUGUGCCCAGGGGCAGCUGUACGAGGUGCUGAGAGCGGGCAGGAAGAUCACUCCGUCCCUUCUCAUGGACUGGGCCAUGGGCGUCGCGGGGGGCAUGAACUAUCUUCACCUCCACAAGAUCAUCCACAGAGACCUCAAGUCACCCAACAUUCUGAUCACCUACGACGACUCGGUGAAGAUCUCUGAUUUCGGCACGUCCAAAGAGCUCAGUGACAAGAGCACCAAGAUGUCCUUUGCUGGGACGGUGGCCUGGAUGGCUCCCGAGGUCAUUCGUAACGAACCCGUCUCAGAGAAGGUGGAUAUUUGGUCAUUUGGUGUCGUGCUGUGGGAGAUGCUGACAGGGGAGGUGCCCUAUAAGGACGUGGACUCCUCCGCCAUCAUCUGGGGAGUGGGCAACAACAGUCUACAGCUGCCUGUACCCGAUAGCUGUCCGGACAGCUUCAAGCUGCUCCUGAGGCAAUGCUGGAACUGCAAGCCAAGAAACAGGCCAUCGUUUCGACAGACCCUCCUGCAUCUGGACAUCGCCUCGGCAGAUAUCUUAUCUACUCCACAAGAAACUUACUUUCAGUCUCAGGUGGAGUGGAGAGACGAGGUGAGGGACCACUUUGAGAAAAUCAAGUCCGAGGGAACGUGUCUUCACCGGCUGGACGAGGAGCUGAUCAAACGGCGCCGAGAAGAACUGAGACAUGCGCUGGACAUCCGGGAGCACUACGAGAGGAAACUGGAGAGAGCCAACAAUCUCUACAUGGAGCUCAACGCGAUCAUGCUGCAGCUGGAGAUCAAAGAGAAAGAACUGCACAAGAGGGAGCAGUCACUGGACAAGAAGUACCCGGGCUGCUUCAAACACCACAGCUCCAGACAGUCGGCCUCCUCCAACUCGAUGGAGAAACUCCUGAAGAAGCGCAACGUACCUCAGAAGCUGCCCUCGCACAGCAAGAGGCCAGACUUACUAAAGUCAGAGGUCAUCCUCCCCAAACUGGACUCGUCCAUGACCCAGGUCACGAUACCCAGCAAAGGCUCUACCUCCCCUGGCCGCUCACGCCGAGGAAAGCCCCGCUACAGGAAGGCUGGAAAAGGCAGCAGCGGGGAUUUGGCUCAGCUGAAAGCCACCCUCUCUUCGUCUUUAGCAAUGGUCAACGCCACCUCAUCUGUUCCCAGCAGCAAGCACCACCUAGACCCCAGCGCGGCCCUCAGGGGCCUGCAGCACGACCUGCUGCUCAAGAAGAUGUCCUCCUCCAGCCCGGAUCUCAUUUCCACCACCCUGGAGGCUGAAGGCCGGAGGAGGGGCCAGGCGAGGCCGGGGCUGGACAGAGCGGGCAGUCAGAGUGCCUCAGCUGGUCUGGGGGAGAGCAGAAGGACUGGGGGUGCAGAGGAGGGGCCAGAUGUGGGUGUGGGGACCGAUGACCUGGCAGAAACGCCUCCACGCAGUGACACGCCCAGCGAAGACGCGGCCUCUAUUCCGUUCUCCAGCAGCCCCGACUCGCCGUGCGGCAGGGGAGCAGCCGCCGGGCGGGCGUCUGUGCUCGGGAGCCCCCGCGUCCCCCACGACAGCGAGGAGAAGGAGGACGGAGCGGUGAUCACGCGCUCACCCAGAAGUCAGCGCCUCACGCCCGCGGCACUGCUCUACAGGGCAGCGGUGACACGCAGUCAGAGACGCGGAGUGUCGUCAGAGGAAGAGGAAGGAGAGGUGGACAGUGAAGUGGAGUUGCCAAGAAGACGGCGUCCCGUGAGCAUGACCAAGUGCCAGUCGCUGUCAACGUUCAGCUCGGAGAACCUGUCCGUCUCGGACGGCGAGGAGGGAAACACCAGCGACCACUCCCACAGUGGCACGCCGGACGUGGUGAGCACCAACACCGACGAGCGUCUUGACGACAAGAGCGACGACCUGCUCUCUCAGGGCUCAGAGAUCCCCGCCGACCCGUCCGACCCGACCCAGCUGGGCUCCGACGGGCUGUCCGAGAAGGAAGCUAUCCUACGACAGGUCAAGACCCAGCUCGCUUCAAAUGACCAUAAUUAUGAGGGCCUGUACGAUGACUCAGACUGUGACAGUGCAGAGCUGGACCAUUCAUGCAGUGCGGAGCCCGGCCAACCUCCACCCAGCUGGUGAAAAGCCCAACACCUCCUCAACCCACGCAGACACUCGCGGACCCGGGGCCUCUGAUUGCCUCCUUCGCGCUCACAGACCUUAGGAAAACACAGAGUCAUGAUCAGGGACGUUGCAGGGAGUCGGGAAGUGAGAGAGAGGCGACGACGUAGCUGCAACGCAAAAACAAAAAUCUUUGGAGUGAGAUCAAAAAUACACCCUGAUGUCCUGGAAACUGAAAACUUUCCGUUCCGUUUGAGACGAAAUGCAAUCGCAGGGAUUUGAAACUGAGUCGGGGUGCUAAAGAAGCUUUUCGGAGCAGCUACCUCCUCCGUUCCUUCCAUUGCAGAAACACAUCAGACGACACCUCAGCGGCAGAGGUCUCUGUGUCCUCUACACAACCGUCUAUCCACGUCUCUUCUCAUCGUCCAUGUUAAUUCGUGUUUUUUUUUUAAUAUCUCCGUCAUGAAAACGGGUGUCAUGUCAUUUUUCACGCCUCGUCAUAUGAGAACGUGUUCAUGAAAUCAUACCAGGGCUUCGUUUGUAUUUUAACGUUCCAGUUCUCAACACGACUUGACGACCACUGAUGUUGCUACUUGCACUUAAUUCCGACGUCCUUGUUGCGAUCAUCGUGUCAUACGCUCUCAAAACUUCAUGCACUGACUCAUUUAUUUGUUGAUUUACAGUCGAUUCAUGGACAAAAAGAGAAGUUUACAUUUUUCAUGUGUUGUUUACAUUUAUUUUUUAAUUUAUAUUUGUAACACGGAUUAUGUUGCCAUUUUCUACUUCUGCGUUUUAAUAUCGGUGUAAAUAUGUGACGCUGUACAAUGAACAAAUUUUUAAAAUGUGAGAUUGUAUAAUUUAAAGGUGCUGAUGUUUCUAAUUAGUCGGAGCUACUCUAUUUGAACCUCAAGAAGCUUAUGGUAGUAGAAUGUAAUGUAGCUGCUGUUUGUGUCGGAGCAUCGGAACACAGAGGAACAUGUGAACAAAGAAAAAAGCAAUAUGUCUGCUCUGGCACAGUGUGAUGACCUGUGAUUUCACAGGUCAAAGGAACCGUGUCUGGGUUCAUUCAGGGCAGACAAGCUUUUUUAAAAAUUAGUAUUGCAGUGUUUAUUGUAUUGAAACACAAUACAGGUUUGGAAAUCCUUUUAUGGGCAUCUAGGUGUGUGUGUACAUAGCAUCAAAAAACCACGCGUGAGAAGGUACAGACAGCCCAUCGGAUACCGGCAGAAAAAUCAAAAAACUGUCAAAUCUAAAAAUUAGACUCAUCCAUUGAGGAAGAAUGCAUCAAGGUCAAACUUGAUUUACGUCAGGCAUUUCAAGACAAGUUUCAUGACUGAAGGCAUUUGUGGCAGGGACACGAAACACAAAGAUAGAAUAACUGAAAAAAAUAUUAUUGCAUUCAUGGUUUUCUGCCAUUGAUCCGUCCUAGCAUUGCCAGACCUGAAGCCUCACUUUGUUUGCAGUGUGCUCACAGAGCGGAGUUCAUCUCGUGUGGGAAUAUAUAUUGAGGCUAACAACCAAUUGGUUCUAUGCUGUGGAUUCUGAUAUUGUCUUUGUUGAAAAAAAAAUUGGCUUACUCAAUGUCAGGGAGUAAAAAAAUUGUCACCGUUGUAAUUUUUCUGCCCGCUUAUAAAAUCAGUUUACACCUAAAAUAUGGCCUGCGAUACUACAAUUUGUCCACUUUUCUUGCCCUACCUCUAACAGAGAUUAACCAUAGAUCCUGAAGCUUCACAACCCUCUCAGUUUAGAGGUGACUCAGACACUGUCCUCGUAAGCUGAAAUCUUGACCAACAGAUGCUAAUUUCUUCCACAAAUCUGAAAGGCCUCCUUCGUAGUUAAGUGUGCUACAUAAAACUGGUCUGACGUACUCGUGUCCCUUGUCGAGCCUUCUUUAUGUGCAUAUGGUUCAAUCUGACUGUACAACAGCACAUGACAUCCUGUUUCCAUUAGUCACUUGACUGACCAGGUGAAAAUCAAUAAGCUAAAAAAUGGCAGCUUGAUUCUUAUUUUCUUGGUGUUUUUAAACUGAUUGAGGCCCCAACGUCUAAAAAUCCUCAAGCAGGAUGAAAUGUUGCCAAAAAGCAAAACUACUGCCCUCUAGUGUCUCAAGUGUGGAAGUACUGGUUUCCCAUGAUGCUGAUCAAAACAACCCCGGUGUGAACUGAAAUGUUUUCUUUUUUAUACUGCAUUAUUGUAACUGUACAUUAAAUAUAUUUAAGAAACGAUUUAAAAUAAAAAUCAAGCCUGUUAAAAACUCAA